AUGCACGUCGUGCUUCUCGCGCUGACGGUCGUCCAUGUGACGGCCCGUCAGUACUUCCAGCAGCCAGCCGAGUACGUUUCUCUUUCUUUUCUUCUCCUUACUUUUUAUUACCGCAAUGACCACAAUUCCCUUCCUCUUCUUCUUCGUGCCAUUCGAAUCCCAGUCUUUUCCUCAUUUCUUUACUUUUCGAUUCUGGAGAUGUGUUACUUCUGUAGUUCCUCUAGAAUCCCGAACCAGUUGUCUGCGAAUCGCUUAGUUUACACCCUAAUCAUUCUCGAGUAAUCAGUACGAGACGCUAACCGAUUAGUGGACACGAUCGACAAACUUUUGCCCGUGACAUGGCAUACGCGAACAGUUUUGGCGCCGAUCCGAAGAAGAUUGCUGCCUGAUCGGAUAUAGCGGUUUCGCCAUUGAAAACUGGUAAUUAGCCAAAACAACUCUCACUUUGUCAUCGCGUUUAGCCUUUUCUACCCGAUAAGUCCUUCAAAGUCAGUGUGAGAAUUAAUGAAAUUUUACGCUAUGCCGGUCCGACCAGCUCUUAUAAUUUCUCUCUUUUUUUCGAUCUGCCCCGCUUGCCGAUGAGAGCAUUCCAAAAUUGAUCGAAAGGUUGGGCAUUCGAUCCGCUCAGUGGUCAAGAUUUUACAAGUUAGCAUUGCGAUUAGGAAGUGGAAGUGCUUUUCGUCCUUAACUUUGGAAGGCAAUAAAAACAAGUUAUCCAGCAGCUUCUCGUUCUCUCAAUGUCUGCGUGGACCUGUGAGGAAACAUUCAUCUGAAAGGCAGCAGUAGUAGUAAUCUAUCGGCGGAACAGAAACAUGUAUGCUUUUAGAAGAAGCCAUCUUCCAGAUGGACACACGCGCACCAUAAACAAUCACGAAGAAUACUAAUAAUGACCUUUUUACUGCUGGAAGCCGUCCGCAAAACGGACAAAGUAGCCGUUGAGGGAAAAAAGGAUGUAGCACGUAUUGUCUCGAACGGGAUCGGCCCGGCGAUCAUGCGGCAAAGUAUAAAUUAGAAAUGCAAAAAGGUUUUGACGAAUAAUUAGUGGAUUCUACAUGUAAACGACAGAAGAAGGGGAUAACGGAAUUGGUGGGAAGUGGGGAUAUGGAAAUUUAUAAGUAGAGUCCUAAACGAAGAAAAGUUUCAGAAUUCGAGUGGCACCUGCUGAACUGCCUUCAAACACAGUGAGUUCUUUGGGAAACUGAGAGAAUAAAAAGUGGAGUUCAGGCACAUGGAGUCUGGAAACCACAAAGAUCCGCCUGGCUCAAUGACUCGCCUCCACUGGAACGGAAUCGGAGAGUUGGAAGAAGAGACUUCUCGGACCUAGGCAAGUCUUUUCCAUUUUUUGAACUUUUAUUCUCUCAGUUCUUCAAUUUAUUUUCUUACCGCACUCAUCAAUUUCCGUUUCCCUCUGCGUAACCCCCCGAUUAACUCAGUUCUCGUGCUGGGAGCCUCUUCCGUUAACCGUGCCCAUCACAUUUCGACCACUUUCGGAGAGCCAGUCACAGUCAUCACUGCGAAACCUCCGAAGGCACCCGAUGUCUGGAUGGUCAAUGAUCUCUUGAACGGAUUGGAUGGUGAGGACUAACCAACAUUUAAGAGUGUGACUGACCAUAACCAUUGACCGAUAUCAUAUCAACUUUUAUUUUUUCAUUGGUCACUUUCAGAGCCAGCUGCCGAGUCUUCGAUCGAAAUGAAAGUUCAGUCCGAAGAGCUCCUGUCUUCGUCUGAACAUAUUGGAGGAGAAUCCAAGAGAACAGUAAAACAUGUGAGUUGAAAUAUAAUAUUUCUGAAUCAAAGUGGUACUCUUUUCAGAUAGAUGAACUGGAACCGAGCGGGUAUAACGGCGGAAAUGAAGGUGAGUAACUAUUUAUGUCAAUCUCUUCGUUAACCCGAUGUUUCAUGUUUUCUCAGCAUGUCCUUUAUUAACUGAAACUUCAGGCAAUAAUCUAGAAGCAUGGCAGUCGGUUAGUGCAUCCAGCCACGGAGGAGUCUUUCCCGAAGGAUACGAUGGUAUUGUCCUCUUCUUGCUGCCAUUCUUCUAAUCUUUUCUAACUUUAACCUUAACCAGGACUUUCUGCUAUGCCGAGAACACUAAUCAACGAAAUGGUCUCUUCCUCGGGAGCUCCAUCUGCUCCUUCGCCUCCUCCUCCUCCACGACCUUAUCCUCGAUUCCCUCCUCCGCCUUCACGGAGACAUGCCAUUGAUAUGAGACCUCCCGGGUUCGCGCCUUCCGAUAUGUCAGAUCAGUCGCCGUUGAGUGGAGACUUUGGAGGAGAGGAAUUUGUGGAAAGAUCUGGAAGAGAUUCUGAAGAUUCUGGUGACACCACGACGAUAACGACGCCCGCCGCGACUACAACUGAAGAAGAAACAACAAGAACAACAACAACAACGGAGAGAACGACGACCGAAAUUACUACUGAGAGUACAACAGAAGAAACAACGACGACGACAAUCACAAAAGAGAUUGAGACGACUACAACCACAGAAGAGGCCACGGAAGAGUCUUCAGCCGUGUUGGGGCAAGAGAUUGAGCAAGAAGAGGUGGCGGCAGUGUUCACGAUGAAGACUCCAGUCGCACCGCCAACUUUUGAGAAUUCUGUGACCGCUCUGUUCGAACAACGUAUGAUUAAACCAAAAUAGUAUAAGUUAGAAGUAAUAGUAAUCACAAUAAUCUCUGCGUGAACCUACUCAUUGUCUUUCAACCGAAAUUUGAACUGACUGCACGUUUUGGCUUUUGCUCUCACUACUCAUCGAGUGAAUUCACUAGGAAUAUUAAAAAACGUUUUCAUUUUCAGUUUCAUUCCAACCUUAACCAGAUUAUUUCAGAAGAACCGGACGACGACGACUUCGAAGAUCCGGCGAUUAUUAGGAAAAGCACACCGCCUAAUGGUGAGUGCUUCGUCGUUUUAUUCGGUCCUUUUUUCUGAAUUUGAAUUUUUUGCUCCCUUCUCUCAUUUUGAUCAGUUUUCCAGCCGGGGUGUUUAGGUUCAAUGGUGGGGCAUGGUGCACGUGAAUCGUUGAUUUCAGGUGGAGGUGCGAAACGAGCUGCUUCAUAUGCGGCUCCGCAGACAGUUGACAACCAAGCCGAAGAGUCGCGCAACACAAAGCUGAACUGUGUUCCGUGUGCUCCAGGGCAAGUAGCAGUUCCUCCGAAGGAAGAGAUUCUUCCUCCGAUCGCUCCUCUUCCUUCAGUUGGCGGACCUUAUCAACCUCCGCCAAUCGCACCGCUCGGACCAGGUGAACCCAGCGAACCCACAUUUGUGGACAUUCACGAGACGGAUACACCAGCUUCUCCUGCUCCAGCACCUCCUGUCGCUCCUUCUUCUUCUUCUUCAGUUCCUUCUCCUGCUUCUCCUUCACCUCCUUCUCAAACCCCGAUCACUAUCGCACUGCCUGCACCUAGCCGACCUAUUGCACCAUCAGGAUCUUCCCUGGCUUACCGUCCUCCACCGCCAAAGCCUGCGCCAUCCGGACCGUCUCUGCCUGAAGAGCCAGUUGCGCCUAAGCAACCAUCAGGUCCAUCGGAGACUGAUCAAGGAGCAUAUGGACAUGUUCCUGGACCAGAAUUAUCUGUUCCUGAAGCGCCGACUCCUGCUCCUCCACUUGCCCCAGCUCCUUCUGCUCCAACUUUGAUUGAAGUGUCGCCUGCCAAGCCUUCUACAGCGCCAGAGCCCACACAAGUUGCGCCAGGAGGACACAAACCGGAACCUCAAGAGCCUGCACCCAUCCAACCAAGUUCCCCAGGUUCUCCGGCACCAGUCCCACAACCGUCUUUGCCAGCACCGGCGUAUGGGCCAGCUCCUGCACAACCGGAACCAGUCGGACAUACCCCGGGAGUGAUAUCCCCUCCUCUGCCACCGCUUCCCCAGUCAGUUGGACCAUUUGAAGUGCCUCAACCCGCGGCUGCUCCUUCACCCUCAGAACCUGCACCAGCUCCUCCGCAACCUCUUUCAUCUACAUACGGUCCUACUAUAGGCCCUGAGCCAGCUUCAGGAGGUUCUGAGGCUCCUCCUGAAAUCCCCGUUAUGAUUGCACUUCCACCGCCACAAGGACCGAGUGUUCCAGCUGGCGGAGAGAAGUAUAACGGAGGGGAAGACGUCAGUCAAGAGGAGGUGAAUCCUUCGGACCGUCGUCCCGAACUGAGCUCGUUUUCCGCUGAAAACUCAAUUGAAAAUAUUUCGAAAUCAAAGACGCCAACAGGUACCCUCAUCAUUCACUCACUUUCACGUUUUCUUACAGCUUCUCCUGCUUUUGUUGCUUCUAACCUGCCCUCUUCAGUUCCGAGUAGCAUCGUCGGUCUCAUGCCGUCAUCUGUCCUUCCAUUGCACUACUUAUCUGAGAAGCAAAGCGGCAAUUCUCCUGGAGAUAAUGCUUCUAACCAAUUGUCUACCGUAAUUCCAACUGUGAAAUCCGAAACUCCCAAGAAAGCAACGACUACUGGCAAGAUGCCAUCUUCUGUCAUUCCGUCCGAAUUCAUGUCGAAAGGAGAAGGAGAAAAAGAAAUGAAUGAAAGCAACCAACCAGAAGGACCAACUCCUCCUUCUCAGCUCAGCUCGAGCAGUUCUCAGGAACCAAACGUAUACGGACCACCAUCCGUCGUUCCUCCGUACGUAACAAUCCCAACAACAGCUCCAACAGGUGUAACGAGUCGUAUUCCUUCCCCUUCUCCUCCAGCGCCUCUAUCCAUUUCAACAACUUUGGCUCCGUCCCCUCAGCCCCCUGCUCCAUUCAUUUCACGAAACGGAAAGGAAGAAGCAAGUCUACCAGCUGCCUCGUUGAACAAAAAGUCCCCACAACCAGUACCCGCAAUGGAAAACUCCGGAGAAGUGAUUUCAGUCGAGGAGCCCUCGGCGGAGGCCUUCUCGCUUCCCGCUUCACCUCCGUCUUCUCCCGUUUCUGUCAUCUCACCAUCUUCUCUUCCACCAUCUCCGCAUCCAGUCGAAACUGUUCCAUCUACGCGGACCUCGCCAACUUCACCACCGAUCUCAACGCCGUCCGAGAACGGCUUCAUGAGCGCCAUUCCACCAUCAGAGUUCCCCAACUCUGGUCCUUCUGACCGUCCAUCUUUCGGUUCUGGUUCUCAGAUGCCGACCACUACUGAUAAUAGCACUCCGAUGAAGCCAAUUCCAGAAGAUUAUGACGUUGAUGAAACGCUUCUAAAAGUAACUGGUUCGUCUUCUUCUCCCACUGCGCAAUCUGUGAUCACUUCAACCUCCUCGUCUUCCACAAUAACAACAACAAGAACAGAACUUGAAGGAGAAGAAGCUGAGGCUGCAUCCCCCAAACCUAAAGUUUUGACGAAACGACCAUACAUCGAAAUGGAAGCGUCACGAGUUCCAGAACCAGCAAAGAAGACGAUGACGGCAGCUAUUCCGUCAUUCACUCUUCACACUCUCUCGCCGGGUUUUAACCGUUAUUCGGAGACAGACAGUUUAGCCCCAGUGUCUUCGUUUCCAGCAAUAGUAAAAGAUGGAUCUGCAUCGGCUGAAUAUCAGACUUCUCACGAGUAUGUUGACUCGGAAGAAGAGGAGACAACCCCGCCAAUCGCACCGCCAACUGUGGUUCUUUCUGUUGGAGCCCCGCCAAGUCCGCGGAAACCGAUUCCUGAGCCUAAUAUCACAUCGCCACCCUCUGCAACUCCACCAACUCCACGGACUGUUCAGCCUGUAUCCUAUCCGACAGCUCCCUCUGUUAUAAUUCCCGCUGUUCCCAUUGGAAUCCUCGUGACUGCCGGAACUGCACCGUCCGUGAAUAUGCCUCAAACAUCCUUCGCUACGUCGCAGGCCUCUAUGGAAGUUGAUGACUCCUCGGAAAAUUACGACGAAGAAGAUACCCAUACACCUUCAGAAGAGAUUACUCCAAUUGCCACAAAGAGCUUCUGGACGCCAGAUAUGCUUUCGAAAUACAUUGCGAUGCAGUCAAGAUCGCCUCCUAACGCUGCUUCUGGCCCUGUGCCCCCAGUAACCCUUCCAACUGCUUCUGCUUCUCCGGCUCAGAAACUGCCGACAGCUCCACCGGCUGCCAUUCCACCAUGGGCGGCCUCCGCGGAAGAAUCAGUGCUUUCACCGAGCUACGUCCGUCCUGCUUCAGUUCCUUCAGUUAGACCAGCACCGCCUGCUAACCCUUCCUCAGUUCGCCAGAUGAUUGAAGUGACCGCAUCCUCACACUUUACAGUCGAACAGUCAAAUACAAUAACGCAAGCACCGGUUGCACCAAGCGAAAAUGUUCCCUUGUCUCCUCAGUCUACUGCACCAGACAUCACUGCUCCCACGUCUUCUUCGGCACCUUCCGCGCCAAGUGUGACAACUAUCGUCUCUUCCGAAGCACCUUCUGCACCAAGUGGGACAACUAGCACGUCUUCUGAAGCACCUUCUGUUAUUGAUGUGAUUGUUCCUGAGACACCAGCACCUGUUAUUUCGAGCACUUCAUCUUCCUCUAGUAACUAUUGUAUCUGUUUGUUGUGUCGUAAAACGCUUUUCUAGGAGAACAUGGAAUCGAAGAAGGACCGUACGAGCCAUUGAACCCAUCGGAGCCGGCAGAAGCGGGAAGUGUCGAGGGUGAGUCAGCCACUUCUUCCAUUUUGUUCUUUGUCUUCUCGCACGGCUCAGUUCUCUCUCUUGCACAUUCGGAAAAAAAGUUGAACUUUUCCAGAAUAUGAGAGUACUGUUGAUACCGUUAUCGAGAAGUCAGGUUAGUAGGUCACUUUUGUUACACACGUUUAGUUUUGAAAAAGAAAGAAAAGUCACGUGUUUUGUUUCAGCAACUCCUGGACCAGCAGCACCACCACAGACUGCUCCAUCUCCUGCUCCUGGUCCGAUUGAGCACAACUACGGAAUCCCUGCACCAGCGCCGGCUUAUGGACCAGCUUCGGCUCCGGAACCACAACCGUCAGAGCCAGUACCCGUUGCAACUGCCGCCCCACAACCAGUCCAGCACACUUACGGAGCACAAGGUCCCGAUAUCGCUCUGAUUCCGACGGCGGCGCCCUACAUUCCACCGGCUACACAGGCGCCCGUUCCUGCCAGCAACCCAGGUAAAGCAAUUUAGGGUUACCAAAAAGUCAGCGGAAUUUCAGAACCCAUUCCUCCAAACCCCUCACAAGGAAUCGCAGUUGCUCCUCAACCAGUCGCGACUGCCAUCGAAACGGCAGAGCGCAUUGAUGCGAAACCAUCAUAUCCGGGACAGUCAUCGUACAGUAAUCUCGAAGAAGAUCAUGAAGAUGGCAACGUGGCAGAGCUCCCGUCCCCCGAACCAACUCCAACUUUAGCUCCAUCUGUUCCUGGAGAAUCGAGCUAUGGGUAACCAAGGACCGGAGAUCGGCCCAAAUAGAACAUUAUCGUUCAGAAACUUGGAAGAAGAUCAUGAAGGCAACCGUCCAGUUGAAGGUCCCCAGUCGGUACCUGGUCCUGCACCUUCGGUACCUGGUCCUGCACCUUCGGUCCCCACUUCUGGCGGCUCCAGCUACAGUAACCUUGAAGAAGAUAACGAACCAGCGACAGGAACUUCCGGUGGAUCCAGCUACAGGUACUCUUUACUUAUUUUUCGAUCUGAUAUUUACGAGUUUCUGCUAUUACUUCUUGAAUUCAGUGACAAUUCUGCUGAUAUAGACAUUGGAAAAGGGUAAGAAGCAUGGUAGAAACCUAAGGAUUAGAUAGAGAAAAUUAUAAAAGUUAUCCGCCAAUUUGCAUCCUUUUCUCACACUUUUAGAGGAGAUCACGGAUCAUCGAACUCUGAAACUGAAACGGAAAAGCACGGGUAACGUUUGAAAGUGAAGAGAUUGUAUCUUGUACUUGUUUAAUAUGUUAGAAAAAGUGACGAAGAGGAUGAGUAUGAGAACGAAACUCAGCACACAGAGGAUGAAUCUGAGGACUCUGGGGAGUCGAUUAGGUGAGAGGGAGCGGGCGAACUGAGUUGAUAACCAUGUGAAGUGAGGGAAAACCAAGUGAGGUGACGAGCAAACAACCUGUGUCCUCUGUUCCUGUGAUCUCUCGUUUUUUCAUUAACGUUUGGUCAAUUCCUGGUGACGUGAUUCAGUUUUCUGAUAUGCAAAAGUUUUUUACAGUAACAUCGAUAAAGAGCAAAUCCCAGAAGUUGUGGUUCCAACGAGAACGGGAGGGAGCAACUACAUGUUUGUUUAAAUGAAAAGUACAUUUGAUCCUUGGAAUUUUUUUCAGAAACGUCGAGAAUACAGCUCCACAACCGAAAACGUACCAACGUCCGCAGCCCAUCCGAGUGCAGGUCAACCCGGCCACUGUGCCUUACCGCCCACGUCCAUCCCCUGCUCCGAGGAUCCAACAACCACGACCUUUCGUUCCCCAACCACAGCCCCAACCUUACAUUCAGAGACCUGCGGUUUGCUUUAUCCCAUUUACAAUUCGAAUCCGUUUCUUUCCAGCUCGCCCUCCCAUACCAACCUCAGUACCCUCCGCCAAUUCCGUACCAACCUCGUCCGGCUCCUUUCGUUCCCUUCCAGUCACUUCCACAAAGACCGCCUCCAUCUGGAUGCUGUGGAGGACAAUUGUUCAGUCAGCAGGGAGGUCUCUGCAUGCCGAUCAGCUUCAACCCUUGUCAACAGCGACAGAGCAAUUGCGGAGGCGGAUGCGGAGGAUGCGGGGGCGGCGGCGGAAGGUCGUGUGGAGGAGGAUGCGGCGGAGGAGGAGGAGGAGGAUUAGGAAGCUGUGGAGGUGGAUGUGGAAGCUCUUGCGGAGGAGGCGGAGGGGGUGGAUGUGGAAGCUCUUGCGGAGGAGGAUGCAGUCCUUCGUGCUGCCAGCCACAGACUUCUGCGUGCUGCAAUCAGAUGGUCUCCUCUUGCUGUCAGCCACAACAGAUGCCGUGCUGCAACCAACAGGUCCAAACAUGCUGUCCUCCGCCCGUGCAGCAGUCCUGCUGCUGUCCUCAGCCUAGCUCCAUUUGCAGAAACAAACGGUGUUGCUCAAUUUGUCUUCAACAUUUGAAAUUGUAAUUUUCAGUUCCCUCGGAUACGCAAUGGGAAUUUGCCAACGACGAAGGAGAGCUUGA